CUGCCAAUCGUCCCCGGUCCCGUGGAGCCGUGGGCGGGGCUCCGCCCCGGGGAGGCCCGCCCCCCCCCCCCCGAGGACCGGUCCCUCCCGGAGCACCGCACCCCGCCCAGGGCACCGCGAAGCCCGGCCAAGGAAAGACGCGUCUCCCCGUGGAAUUGGACCAGACCCACCGGGGGAGUUUGGGGGGGAAAUUUUUGGCCCAAGUCUCAGGAAUGUGACACCAGGAAGCCAAAGCGAAGCGAGAAGCCUGAGUCGCUGGGAAGAGAGGAACAAGUUGUGCUGCAAGGAGAGGAGACUCCUUACAACCGCACCGCCUUGACCUUUGACCCCUUCCACGAUGGCGCACCGCAGUACCGGCUGGCUAUCGAUGCUCUGAUCGAAAACGACAUACAGGGCUACUAUGAGUUCCUCCAGAUGGAAGAGGUGGUGGGUUUCCUGGCCCAGCCGGAAAUCGAAUACAUCAAGUCGACCCUCCAGGUUCCCGCCCAGCCGUCGGGCGUCCCGGAGCUGAUGUUCCCGGAGGGGCCGGCGGGGGAGGAGGGAUCCUCGGACACAUACUGGCCGGUGCAGUCCGACCUGGCGGCCCCGGGGCUGGACCUGGGCUGGCCCCUGCCCCAGCACAGCUUCGCCGGGCCCACGGAGGUCACCACCCUGGUCAACCCCACCGACCCGGAGAUGCCCAGCAUCAAGGAGCAGGCGCGCAGGCUCAUCAAGAACGCGCGCCAGGUGAUCGCUGUGGUCAUGGACGUUUUCACAGACGUGGACAUCUUCACCGACCUCCUGGAGGCGGCAGCACGCCACGUUCCUGUCUACAUCUUACUGGACGAGCAGAACGCUCACCACUUUGCCUCUAUGAUGAUCAACUACAAAGUAAACCCACACUUAAGUCACAUGAUGCGAAUCCGGACUGUGGCGGGAAUAACCUACUACUCUCGGACCGGGGCCUCCUUUAAAGGGCAGGUGAAAGACUGUUUCCUGUUGACGGACUGUAAGGCCGUGCUCAGCGGGAACUACAGCUUCAUGUGGUCCUACGAGAAGAUCCACCGCUGCAUUGCUCACCUGUUCUUGGGGGAGCUGGUUUCCACCUUCGACGAGGAGUUUCGCAUCCUCUUCGCCCAGUCGGAGCCCCUGGUCCUGGACGGCGGCGCGCUGGCCGUCCCGGAGCCCGGCGGGUACCUGAACGCCCCGUUCGGUUUGAAGAGGACGCAGUCUCUGCGAAACCCGGCGGGCUUCCGCAGGCAGCCCGAGGCUCCCUUGGGCUUUCCCUACGGAGACUCCGAUCGAAACCAAGCUCUUCCCUUCCGGAGACAGGACCCCUUCCGGGUGGAGCCGAACCCUGGGAUCUCCAUCGGGAAAUACUCCCAGCAGCAGUUCCGGCUGCAGCAGUCGUUCCUGGAGCAGGGAAGGUCCAUCGUGUCCCGGCAGAUGGAGGUGGGCUCCAGCUCCUACAAGAGGCACAGCUACGCAGAGGGAACCCAGGAAAACUACUCGUCCUCCAGGCAGUACAUGAAGCACAGAGUCAUGAACAACCUGGAGGAGACGGACUUCCACAGGGACCAGUUUCAGAGUAGCCACUUCUAUACUGAGGGACCUGGACCGGGUUCUGGCCACGGACACUACGACAGGCUGCGAGGUCGACCUCCACAUCUCCCCAUCGACCAAUACUCAGACUCCAGCUACCGCUCCGAUCUGGAGCCUCCGCCUGGAAGCUACGGCAGGGACUUUUCCUCUGAGGACCUGGGAGGACCCGAGGGCCUCCAGGCUCCUCCAUUGGCUGGCAGAUAUGGAGGAGGCUCCUCCCAUAGGAGGCCAACCGCAGGUCAGGCCUACGCCUGCCAGAAGUCCCCAACACAGCUUCACCUCCCGGAGAAGAAGCCGACUCACACAGAGGCCGAUUCAGCGUACGACCAAGAUGCAAAUUUGAAGCACGGCCUGAGGGACUGGAGGAUUAACUCCUAUCUAAGCGCUUAUGAGGACGGCGGAGAGGAAGGCCUGCCUCAGCCAAUGGGGGGCGACGCUUUUGAAGAUCCGGGAUCUUCUCAGCAACCGACCCGGGCUGAAGGUUCGGCUCCAUACUUUGGCAUAAAGGAGCCCCCGGCGGCUCCCCCCAAACCCAGGCCAGACAUCCUGUCCCGGCGCUUUGGGAAGCCCAACAUGCCCGAUAAGAUCAACAAGGACUCUUACAGCGACUUCAAGUCCUCUGCUCUGGAGAAGAAAGACCGCGAGGAGGACAGAGAGAGGAACCCUGGGAGAAGCGCGGCAAAGGAACCAGAGGAGGAAAUGGAGGUGAAGGAGUCCGCAGACCUGUUUCUGACCCGGCACGAGUCCUUCCGCUCGCGGAUCAACCCCCUGCUGCAGCGGAGCUCGCGGCUGCGAUCCUCCCUCAUCUUCUCCUCCUCCAAGGCCGAGGUCCACAGCGGCAGCCUGGGCCUGAAGGCGGCCACCGAGGAGGACGAGGAGCUGGACUCGGGACGCACCACCUCCAUCGUGGCCAAGAUCCUGGAGAAGAGGAGGUCCCUGUCCCGGGAACCGUUCGAGUGGAGAAAGAAAACGGAGGAGAGAGACAAGCAGAACGAGAAGGAGGAAAAGGAGAAAGAGCAACAGCAAAGGGAAAGGGAAAGGGAAAGGGAAAGAGAAAGGGAAAGGGAAAGAGAAAGAGAAAGGGAAAGGGAAAGGGAAAGGGAAAGGGAAAGAGAAGCACGGCUUAAAGAGGAGAGCAAAGCAAAGGAGGAGCUCAAAAAGGCAGACGCAGAGGUAAAACCAACGCAGGGCGGAGACAAAUCAGACAAAUCUGAGGCCGACACGUACAAGAUGGACGCGGCCAGCCGGCUGCAGCACUUCAACGAGCAGGCGGCCAAAAGGAAAUCGCUCCAAAUGGAAACGGCGCCGUCUCUCAGAGACCUGGAGCCGGCCGGGAAAAAGCCGGACCUCUCUGACAAGCCUCCUCCGAACCCGGGGAAGACCGCGGCGGAGCCCGAGCAGAAGAAGCCGGACAUCUCGUCCAAACUGGCCGACCUCACUCGCAGAUACUCGCUGAGCUCCUCCAAACCGCCGAUCAUCACGGCCAAACCCUUCGUGAGCUCCCUGAAGACGUCCGAGGCCUCGCAACCUCGCAAGGAGGAGGCCGUGUCCGAGAGCCAGAAGAAGGACAUUUUGAAAUCUUUCAAGCCUCUGCCCUCACCGAAAUUGUUCAAGAAGGAUCCGCUGAAGCUCAAAGGGCUGAAUCCCCGUCGCAUCUCCUGUGGGGAAGAGGUCCUGGUCACGGAUGCCACCGACGCGGAGAAGAGCGAACUGAAGAAGAGCCGCUCUAUGAGCUCCUCCACUCUGUCCCACGAGGAUGCCAAGGAAGGGUCGAAGUUCAUGGGGUCCAACACGUCCAUCAACACCAUCGGCGAGAGCAAGGGCGACGGCAAGAAGCUCGACUUCCUCAAGAAGCAGACCCAGAGGCUGAAGGGACUCCUGGGGCCCAAAGACAAAGACAAGAAGAGCUCAGGGGACGACAGGGGAAUGAGCACGGUCAGAGAAGUGGCUGACGAUCCCAGCAGAAACCAGAGCUCCUCAGCGGGAGACCAAAGCUCGGCCAAUCACAAACCCUCCACGGCCACCUCGGGCUCGUCCAGCCAGAAGAACCGGCAGGAGCGAGAGGAAACGUCCGGGGGCAAAGACGGCGCCUCUGCGGAGAAAGGACAGGAGACGCAGAGCGCCCUGAAGAAAAACCGCUUCCUACGACCUCAGGGCAUCACCCAGGAGAGGGAGGGCCUGCUGAAGAGGAUAGAGAGUCUGAGGAAAGAGAAGAAGGUCUACAGCCGCUUUGAGAUGGGGAAUAGCCUGGCAUGA